ACAUCCUAAACUUGUUGAUCAGACACUCUUGCUCACAACAACAGAUCUAGGCUGGUCUCUGCUUCGAAGAUUUGCAUGAAAACUCAGUGGUACACUGUAACAACAAACGAACUGGCAGUUGGCUGUUGGAUUUAACAUGUAUGAAUGGGGGCUCCUAGCCCUUCAAUCUGCUUUGGAUUGCCAGCAGGAUUCGUGAUGUGUUCGUGUUUUUUCCAAGGACCGGCGACACGUGCGGGAAAGGGGCUGCUGUAAAAGGAUCGAAACGGUAUUCAGUUCUAUUUAUGCGCUGAAGAAACUGUUUUCUUUACUAUGUUGGGUGGAACCGUGUCUGUUGGAAAUAUCGACUGAACUGUAGUUAUUGCAGAUUCGUAUUUUUUUCUCCCACGUAGCAUACAUGCAAGUCGUGGUGUCUUCCUUGAGCUGUUUUUGUAAUUUGGCAAGUGGAUUAUUUUGCCAAGCAAGUUUUUAUUUCUGAAAAUUCAGAAACUUAAAAGUAUCACAAUUCUGAAACAAAAAAACACUAUUUGUUACUAUAAAAAAAAAAAAAAAGCGUUUGGAACCUAAACAAAAACAGACGCGAGAUGUCAGAUGUUGCUAUUUAUAUGAAAUCGAAUUCGGCGUGAGAGCCUGAUCGUGAACGUGUUGAUGAGAAAAGGAAACCAUCAAAUAAACAAAAACCAUCAGGACUCGUAUAACUGUUUAUUUCGGUUAAAAGAAGUGGACAUAUUUAUUUUGGUGAAAUGGAAAAAAUGUGCGAGAGUGCCGAAGAAGUAGUCGUGGACCAGCAGCCCCCGACCCAGAACGGGUAUGUGAUCCACUCCGGCUCGGAUGUCAGGCCACCAUUCAGCAUCCUGAUCGCCACCACGCUGUACUUUGCCGAGUUCGUGACCGCGGCGGUGCUGUGCUAUCACUACAGCCGGUCUGAAGACCCCUUCUGGUUGGGCCUGACCAUCACCUUCAUGCUGGUUCCGUCUGUUCUGAUCCAGCUGGCACUGACGUUCAUCCACAGGGACCUGGGGCGGGAUCGACCUCUGGUCCUGCUGAUGCACUUGCUUCAAAUGGGUCCCCUGAUCAGGUGCAUCGAGGCUCUGGUUGUGUACUUCCGCUCCGGGAAAAGGGAGGAGCCUUACGUCAGCAUCUCCAGGAAGACCCGUCUGAAGCACGGGAUCGAGACGGAGCUGGAGAGCGAGGUCGGGCACUCUGCUCGCAAGCUAGCCGAACAUCGCAACGCCUUCAAACGCACCGCCGUCAUUCAGGCCUUCCUGGGCUCCACCCCCCAGCUUACCCUGCAGCUCUACGCCACCAUCCAUCAGAAAUACCUCUUUACAACCAGAGUCGCUCUGAUGGGGAUCACGCUCGUCUCCAUCACCUACGGAGCCCUGGUCUGCAGCGUGCUGGCCAUCCAGAUCAAAUACGACAACUACAAAGUGCAGCUGCGGCCGCUGGCCUACCUGUGCCUCGUGCUGUGGCGCAGCCUGGAGAUCGCUACGCGGAUGACCGUGCUCGUGCUGUUCUGUACCGCGCUGCGCUACUGGAUCUUCCUCGUGGCUCUGGUCAACAUGCUCUUCCUCUUCUUCCUGCCCUGGGUGGAGUUCUGGAGGAAGAAGGCCCCACUGCCGGAGAACGUGGAGAAGAACUUCAGCAAGGUGGGCACCACAGUGGUGCUCUCCAUGGUCACCUUCCUGUACGCCGGCAUCAACAUGUUCUGCUGGUCGUCCGUGCAGCUGAACCUGGCUGACCGGGACCUUAUCGAGAAGUCUCAGAGCUGGGGCCGCCUGGCCCUCUACUACACUGUGCGCUUCCUGGAGAACUCCAUCCUCAUCAUCCUCUGGUACUUCAAUAAGACGGACUUCUUUGAGUAUUACUGCUCGCCGCUGCUGGUGGUGCAGCUCAUGAUCACCUACAGCCUGGCCAUCUUCUUCAUGCUGGUCUUCUACCAGUACUUGCACCCCUGCCGUCGGCUUUUCACCCACAACGUCAGCGACUGCCUGCACUGCGUCUGUCUCAGGCGUAGAGGUCCUCCCAGGCACACCCAGGUGCCGCCCCUCCCCGACCUCACGAGUGAAAUCCGGGAAACGGACCUGACCGAUGACAUCCUGAUGGACGCAGCUUGAGCAGGUCAUGCUGAUUUGGGAACAGGAUUCAGGCGCAGAUGUGGAGCCAAGGAGCCAUUCAGGUCUGAUUGCUUUGGGCUUCCCGUAGACCGAAGUAAUCAAAGCUCAUCAGGCCAGAGCAAUCAAGAUGUAGAAUUGCUGUUUGGACAGGCCCGGUGGUGACAAGCCUGGCAGUUGAACAUAGUGUGGGUUUUCAUUUUAUUUGUUUGUUUGUUUUGUUUUGGGGUUUUUUUUUGUUGUUUUUUUUUAUAAGAGCCGUUUUAAAUAUACAUAUUUUAUCAAUUCAGUUUGCUCAGGAUCUGUUAAAAAUAUAUAUACUACCAAAUUCAAUGUACUUCACCUGUAUUUGACAUUUCAUUUUUCCAUCCUUGUGAAAAGAUUAGAGCUCUAAGAAGGUAGACUACGUUUGUAUCAUCUGUAACGAGAACUCAAUACUGCUGAAUUUAGAAAUACUUAAAUUAAACUCAAACUAAAUAGUUACAUAUGAUAAGAAUGCAGGCUAUCGAAAUAACCACGUGCUGUAGAGACUGGGUCUGCAUAAGGCACUGGCAGCAGCAGCAGUACAAGUUGCUGUCCUGCAGAGAGGCAGAACAAUGCAAGGAGAGAGAGUGGAUUUAUAUUGUACCACAGGACCACAGUGGAGCUUGGCAAAAAACACACACAUUGAGAACAAAGCCCUGCAUUGAUACGGGACUAUCUAGAGGACUUGCUUGAAAAUAUAUAGAAAUAUACACGCCAUAUCUAUUAAACAGCACGGGUCCAUUUGGUUAACCCUCCUGUUAUUGCAGGUGUGUCAUGGUGCAUGCUAUGGCGCACUACGCCAGCAGAGGGCGCUCUGUAUGUAUGGAUCUCAUUAAAGGAAUCUGAUCUGUUUUUUUUUUUUUAUUUCUUUAUUGUUAAUGAAGUACAUUUCUCAGCCAAUCAGGUGGCCUUGGAUCAGUCUAGCUGUGAAAUACCUCAUGUACUUGUAGAUCUGAUAAGUAACACCAUGCUGUACUGCUGAAGUGAUGUUUGUUUACAACUAAUGUGCCUGUGUGCUACUGCUUCGGUACAUGAAGAUUACAUUAAAACAAUGUAAAGCUUGAUAAAGAGUAAAUGCCUUUGGACUCUUC